AAAGACAGCAAUACCUUACGAUUAAGUAUAAGGGAAACAACUCUUGACCAACUCUGAUCACGAACCGUUCGUUAUCUUGACGACGAUGGCAACGUCUGCUUGUCUGGGAAGACUUAAUGGGAAAAUAGCAUUAAUAACAGGUUCAAGUUCAGGCAUUGGUAGAGGGGCUGCUGUAAAAUUUGCUGAGCUGGGGGCAAAGCUGGCAUUAACUGGACGACAGACUGCUUACCUUGAAGAAGUUGGCAAAGAAUGCGAAAGAUUAGUGGUUACAAACCUUUGUUGAUCACUGCUGAUCUAAGCAAGGAAAGUGACACUGAAUACGUGGUGAAAACAGUGAUUGAGAAUUAUGGCAAGCUGGAUGUUCUGGUAAACAGUGCAGGCAUUCUAGCCAUGGGAUCAAUAGAAGACACUUCCUUGAAACAGCUUGAUGAUGUUUUUAACAUCAAUGUCAGAGCCAUCUACCAUCUGACAAUGCUAUGUGUUCCUUACAUCAUUCAAACCAAGGGCAAUAUUGUUAAUGUAUCAAGCGUUAAUGGAAUUCGCUCUUUCCCCAAUGUGCUGGCGUACUGUAUGUCUAAAGGAGCAUUGGACCAGUUCACAAGAUGCACAGCUCUCGAGCUGGCUUCAAAACAAGUGCGAGUUAACAGUGUGAAUCCUGGUGUAAUUCUCACUAAUGUCCACAAAAGAGCAGGUCUUGAUGAAAAAGCCUAUCAGAAGUUCCUUGAAAGAACAAAGACUACACAGGCUCUUGGUCGACCAGGAACAACAGAAGAGACUGCAAAUGUGAUUGCCUUCCUGGCAUCUGACUCGGCGUCUUUUAUCACGGGUGCUACUAUUCCUGUUGAUGGUGGCAAACAUGCAAUGUGCCCAAGAUAGCAUCUUGACCUACAAAAAUCAUGACUGAAUUGUUUUCUUCCUUAAUGUUAAAAUUUCCCUUAGUAAUAUAUGAAGAAGAAUUUACUGUUUUGUCACAGACACUCACUUUCAUGUACAUGCCUGGACAUUUUGCACAUUCUUUUCUAUACAAAACAACUCUGCCUCUUUUGUAUGUCUGUAUAUAUUUAAUAAUUUUAACUUAUUAAAAAAUACAUAAUGUUAAAAAUAACUCCCUAGUAAACAUACAUAAGUUAAUCCUUACUACUAUCUAAGAUAUAUUAUUAUUAUUACUUAUUAAUGAUCUCUAAUUCUAAACAUAGUCAUGAGAGAAAGUUCCUUUGCUUGGUGCUCAACUUAAGAAUAAUGAAGUGUAAGGUUCUGCACAACACUGCUUUCACUGUAUCAACAGUUUUUAUAGGGACUAAUGUUCCAUAAGUUUAAAUAUAUAUAUAUCUUGAAUACUCACAACUUAAAUUGUAAUAACAAUCACACAAAACACAACGGACAUCUUCACUUGGGAACAGAUGUUAUCCACUAAAUGACGUUGUCUUUGGGGACGAGCGACCACAAUACUCAAUAUAUCACCUUCUCUGGGGACUAGCGACCUAACCUACUGAUAUGUCAAACGCUGCCUCUUGGGGUUAGAUGUUGUCUUCCUGGGCCAUAUUCUCCAGGAUACAAGAAAAAAAAAUCUGAACAACUUGCAAAACAAAAACUCUUCAAAUAUUUCAUGGCAUCUGUCAGGCCCAUUAGUCCAUUGCAUUAGCCAGACAGAAACACUCAUGGCCCUUCACUCCAUGGCCCAUCUCCAGGCCCUGUAGACUGUGCCUAUUGGUAGUUACAACAAAGAGAACACAUUACUUAUCCAUAUUUUUUAAAGAAAUUGUAUGAAAAUGUCCGAAAUACAAAAACCUGAGCUGCACAAAGAUGCAAACAUCGCACCUUACUAGGCAGGCACAGCCUCUACUCCCCCAUACACAGUGUCCCUCCACUUGCCGUGUCUCCUUGGGAAGUGAAGCGCAACAGUUAAUUCAAAUCUUCCCUCUUUUUUGUUCCACUAUCCAAAAAAAGAACCCCAAUUAGUCAUUCAGCAGUGCGGGCUCGUCAUGUCACCUCUGUGACAUGUUUAUCCAACUCUCCAUUAUUCAAACAUCUGGAUGACAUAAUUUUGAUUUUAUCAGAAUACUGUGAAUUGCUACUUCUAAAAAGUUUGUAGGCAGUGUGAUAAACACAAACUGUUGUACACAAAAACAUAAAACAUAUAUUGAGGCUUGAAAUGGGUCAUGAAAGAUGUGUGAUGACAUAUAUAUAAAGACAGUACACUGCAUGUUUAGUAAUACUUUCAGAAUAGAUUUUCAAACAAUGCAAUCUCCAUCUUAGCCGUGCAUGAUAUUGCUUAUACAUUUUUAUUAAAUCUCAAAGAAGAAAUAAAUGUCAUGAACAAGGUGA